ACGAGGGGGAAGGAGUCGGCAUGGCCCAGAAAAAUAACUUUCAGUUCUCCAUCAGGGAAUAUAGACCCUCAGAUGAACAUGUGGUCAUGUCGCUGUUUCGCAACGGGAUACAGGAACAUGUAUACCCGGCUUUCUUCAAGGCCUUGAGCCACCCAGACCAUGUUGGCAUUGCUCUGAGCAUUUCUGUGGCAGGCUAUGUGCUGGGAGGCAGCUCCUACUUCCAAGCUUUACUCUUUGGCAGCGCAUGGGCUGGCCUCCUUUAUUACUGCUGCCACGAAAUCUACGAAGGCUACAUGACGAGGAGGCUGAGCACAGACAUGGCUGACAUUCCAGCCAACUACCUGGAAAACCCAGAUAACGGCUUCUGGGUGGCAGAGGCAGAUGUCAGCGGAGAGUCGAAGGUGGUGGGGAUGGUGGCGGUGAUGGGGAAAAGUGGAGGGGAGGAGGAUGAGAGGUUUGAUGACAGGAAUGGAGGAGCAAUGGGAGGAGGAGGUGCAGAGUUUGCCCAAGAUGCCGGUGAUGGGAGUUAUGGCGAGAUGUCCCACAUGGUUGUGGCGUUUUCAUGGCGCCGCAAAAGCCUGGGUUUACAGCUAAUGAGGAAGGCUCUUGAUUUCUGCAAAGAGCGGGGAUACGCCCGUCUGGUCCUGGAUGUCAGCUCGCCACAGACGACGGCCAUCUCCCUGUACCAAAAAUGCGGCUUUGUUCAAACAGCAUCCCACAGUAACACACACGCUAAUCGCUUGUUCUCCAAACUGGCCAGAAUAAAUGUGAUGAGAAUGGAAAAGUUCAUUUGAUGGACUUUAGACCUCAGCACCUGAUACAACCUCAACUGUACAUUAAAGCAGGAUUUAUACUUGUGCAUCAGCUCUUUGCAAAACCUACGCCAAAGCUUGAUAGCAACACUUGUCUUUAUCUGGACACAUUUUCCCCACAAAUGCAACAUGCUAAUGUUAUUAGCACAAG